AUGAGCAUCCAGGACAUCGAUGAAACAGGUGUCAACUCAGACAUCCAUGAUUACUCAGAUCAGGCCCUUCAGCCUAUCGGCACUUAUGACCCGUACUAUAUCGGUACUUUCAGUCAGCCAUUUUGUCCCAGGUCCUCAAUUUCUAAACGAGUGUUCCAUGACCUUCAUCAGGAGGUUUUUGGAGCAGCACUCAUGCGAUGCUUCAACAUGCAUCCCAGUGUCUUGGCAGGCGAAGCGAGUCGGCACUUUCAUCUUGCUGUAUUGCGAAAUACUAGCGACACUAGCCUACAACAAUCUUUAAGCGCGUUGAAAGAUGAAAUUGGCACACGCGGGCCAACACGACUUCUUUCGAUGUGGAAAAGGUGCUGUCUUGGGUUCUUCCUCGAGUCAGAAAUGUUGGACCCGGUCACCUUUCUUUUCAACCCUUCCAUUUCGGCUGCCAUUGCUACCGCCAAUCAAGCACCCCUGGUUGUAGUAUUAGACCUAGUAAAAUGGGAACUACCAGUUUUGCCAUAG